AUGAGGACUUUUGUAAAUGCCGUCAUGAAGGAACCCGCACUUCUCAUUAAGCUGCAUUAUUUGCCAGAGGCAGCAGGCGCUAUAAACACUGGCAUUGAUUACUACAAUGUGCAUGAACGGAAGCAGCACAUACACUUAACAGGUCCUGUGGACUGGGUCACUGAUCCAGGACCACAGUCAAGUCCUCCUGAUCUUAUCAAGUCAGAAGGUAUCGGCAACGGUGGUUACCGAUACAGGUAUAUUUUACAAACAGAUGCUUCCACGAGAUCGUGCAAAGAAGACGGUGAAGUCAGGAACAAAGAAUCAGUAGAUAAUUGUGUAUCCGAGAAUUUAAAUGACAGUUGCAAAACCGAGCGACUAAACAGCAACCGUAUUAAACAGUUAGAAUGUUCCUGUGAUGUUUUUAGGCAUCGCUCGCAUUCGUUUCACGGAGGUGCUACAUCACAGAGACUCGGGGCAAACUCAAGAUGUUACAACCUAGAUGACAUUUACGUUCAUAAUGAAGAAGUAAGCGUUAAUUCCUUGAAAUUUCAUGGAAACAUCAACUGCAAUGACUCAAACCUAGAAAAUCGAACAAAUGAAUGUUCCCAGCAGCAGAAUACACAAAUUCAAGAAGUCAUCUGUUCAAAUUAUAGUAAAUUCCCACCAGUCAAGUUUGACGUCGACAAAAAUAUCUCGAAAUCCAUUAGUAAAGGCGGUUUGAAUCAGAGUUUAGAGGACAAUAUACAAUGUUCGAUGCAACAGCCCUGCAGCUUCGAUGUAUCUUCAAAUAACUUUCCAAAUAACCUAUCGUUUCCCACUCAUGAUAACAACAUUCAGUUACGAUCCAAACUAGACAAAUGUAACUCUUUGUGUAGAGCAAAUUAUAAUUUUGCCUCAGAGAAAACUCCAGAACUUGACGCACCGCAACUACCAUGUCAAGAAGAAAAUAAUGACAGAGCUUCACAGAAAAAAGAAUCAAGCAUUCGGCAGCCAUUUCUGGCUAAAUACUUGUCCUGCAGAUGGAAACUCGCGUACCUGUGUUUUCUGGCACGGUUCAUACAAACAUCUUUACGUCAGUGUAUGGGAAUCGCUGUUAUCGGAAUGACUAUAAAAUCUUCGACUGGUGACGCAGUAAGUGCAACCAACUCAACAUAUAACUCAUCCGAUGUUGAAGUGCCACAUACGAUCCAGGAGUUCCAAUGGAGCUCAGUAUAUGAAGGCGUUAUUCUCGCAUCUUUCAAUAUGGGUUCCAUCGUCACACCCAUUAUUGUCGGCUAUGUUACUACCAGACAUGGCGGGCGGAAGUUGAUGUCGGCAUGCUUGCUUUUUGGUGGCACGUUUACAGUUUUGCUGCCUGUUGCAGCCAAAGCCGAUCCAGCUUUUAUCAUUGUCUUUAGGAUCCUCACAGGGAUGGCUUUGAGUGGGACUGACUCGCUGAUCCAGGGUAUGUGGUCUCAAUGGGCUCCAGUGUACGAAAAAGCUUCAUUGUCAGCCUGUGCUUAUUCUGGUUCUUUGUGCUUUCUGCUGGCUCCCAUAUGGUUCAUCAACGUUCACGACAGACCAGAAGAUCAUCCACAAAUAACCAAACAAGAGCUGGCAAUCAUCACAUUUAGUAAACAACCUGAGCAUUUCCACCACUACAAAAAGGACGGCUUGUUUUCUUCUUUGCCAUUCGUGGGCCGCUUCAUUUCUGGAGCCAUUGCCGGUUACGUUUCUGACUGGAUGCUUCGGAAAGGAGUCUCUACAGUAAGGACUAGGAAAUGUUUUCAGGCUAUGGGAUGUUGGGGAUGUGCUGUUUGUUCCUUGGCCAUCGCCUUUGUCCCGGAUUUGUCCACCGUUUGGUCAGUAUUACUUUUAGUUCUAGCUCUGUCCUGUCAGGACCUGACAUCGGUGGCUUUCAGAAUCAACUUACUGGACAUUGCGCCAAGGUAUGCUGGUAUUCUUAAUGGCGUUGCCUCGACUAUUGCAACAGUGACGUCACUUCCUGCACCCGUCAUAACAUCGCUGCUGAUAUCUGGGGGGUCGAGGCAAGGGUGGCAGACUCUUUUUUGUGUGGUGGCAGUUUUAAACACGCUUGGAGGUGCCCUGUUUGUGAUUUUUGCUAAAGGUGAGAUUCAAGACUGGGCUCACAGUAAACCUCGAAGUGACAACACAAACAGUGUCACAGACGUGGUGUUCACAGUAGAAGACAGCAGAGACGUACAGCCCACAGAGUCCAAAGACAAACAACGAAAAUCGCUCCCAUCAAAUCUAUAUCAGCCCUGCAAACAACAGUCUGCUAACGCUGUCCGGAGGGUAACUCUGGACUUUGGGUCCAUAGUGAAAACAGUACAAAACCAUUCAUUUUCAAACUUAGCACUAGCAGAUUUGUGA